AUGUCACUUUUGGAUUUUUUAUCAAAUCUUAAGAAAGGUGAUGAAUAUCUGGAAUUGGUUUGUCUUGAUUUUUCUAUUGAUGAAAUUGAUGAUAAAGAUAAUAUUUUGGAUCUUAACAUCAAAUCUUUUGUGAAGAAUAUUUUUACAUUUGAUAAUGCAAAUGAUUGUUUAAAAUAUUUAAAUUUUCAUCUUUAUAAUCGUAUUUAUUUGAUCGUAUCUGAUCGAUUAUUCUCGUCAAUUUCCAUGGAAAUUGAAAAGAUGGAUCAUGUUGUUUCUGUUUUUAUCUUUGCUACAAAUGAAACUUGUGAAGAAUCAAUAAACUUCCAUUGUGAAAAAUGUCGUGGAAUAUUUCAUCGUAAAACUGGUUUAAUUAUCGAUGUUAUUGAACAAAUUCAAAUGAAAACACCUCUUGUAUCAACUAAUAAUGUCUUUUCAAAUAUCAAUGAAAAUUCGGAUCCAUUUCUUUAUUCGAAAGAUACAUGUGUUUUUAGUGUUCUUACUAAUAUCAACAAUGCAGCUCGUUUUCUCACUGAUAAUCGUUCGACUAUUGUGGAAAAACAAGAAAUGUUACGAGAAUGUCGUUUAUAUUUUCAAAAUGAUGUCAUAGCAAUGAAACAGAUCGAUGAAUUUAGUAAAACUUAUAAUUUAAAAUGUCCUGUGACCUGGUAUACAAAACCAAUAUUUCUUUAUAAUAUUGUGAAUAAAGCUCUUCGAACAAAUUUAUCCAAUGUUAUUAAUAAAUUUUCUUUCUUCAUUAAAGAUCUUGAAGAAUCAUUGGAUUUACUUUUUGCUAAACAAAUUUAUUCUCAAUGGUUUUCUUCUUCAAUGAAUAAUAAAUUAAAUCAUGUUUAUCGUGGUCAAAUACUUUCCUUAGUCGAUGUAAAUCGAUUAAAAUCAUUUAUUGGACAACAAAUUACGAUGAGUCAAUAUAUUUCAACAUCGAAAAAUAUUUCUGUUGCAGAAAUGUAUGCAGGUGAAGGUCAACAUUCAAAUGAUGAUCAAUCAGUCAUUUAUGAAAUUGAUACAAAAAUUAUUUAUGAAAAAUAUGUGGAUAAACCAGAUCCAACGAUUUUUUAUUAUGAUAUUAGUCAUUUGAGUAAUAUUCAAGAUGAAGACGAAGUUCUAUUUCGAAUAGGAACAAUAUUUACAGUAUUAAAUGUUAAAAAAACAUCUGAAAAUUGUUGGUAUGUUUCACUACGUUUGGAAAAAAAGUGA